UUAAUACGUAUAUUCGAAUGUACGAUUCGAAUAACGCACUAGGUAACAGUUACCGAAGAAAAUGGCUUCCGGUCGAUGACAUCUGUACUUUGUUGUCUCCAAACUUUUUCCUGUAUUUUGUUUUCUAAGACAUUCAUUUCACCCUGUAUUGUACUCCAAACAGAGACUUGUCAACCCUAAAGACCACUAGAAUGCCUAAACAGAAGGCAAGACACAGACAGACGGCUGUCAGAAAGAGACGUUUGUCGCCAAAGGAAAAUGCGGCGCGUUAUACCUCCAUCCAGGAGGCUAUUGGCUUGGGUGAUCACAGGCUUGUACAAGACUUGCUACAGGAUGGAGUUGAUCCAAACUACUUCCUGCAGAGUGGGUUUUCCUUGCUGCACCUGGCUGUGGCUGUGAACAGGGAGAGGUGUGUCAGGAUGCUGCUGGAGCAUGGAGCACAUCCACAUGUUGGGGACAGAAACCGUGGUUACACCCCACUGCACAUUGCCGCGACCUGCGGACAGAUUCGCAUAGCGCGUCUCAUCCUCGGCCAUGAGAACUGUUACCAAAUCGCCAAUGCCACCAGCGACCGUGGACUUACCCCUCUGCACGUCGCAACUGCCACGAACAAAAAUUCUAUACAGAUGAUUACAUUGCUGGUGGAAGGGGGUGCAGAAGUGAAUGCUGCCACAGUUAAUGGUGACACCCCCCUGUCCCUUGUGGUACGGUCUGAGAAGAGACGGGUCUGUGCAAAACAGCUCUUGGAGAAGGGUGCAGACGUUGAUGCACAACAAGGCUUCCCUUUGUGCUUUGCUGUUUUGAACAAUGACAAUGACCUUGUGAGACUUCUUCUGGUUCAUGGUGCCAACGUGAACUUCAGAGGGAUCAGCCACGGACACACACCGCUACACCUUUCAGUCGUGGUGGACAAUCUCAGAGCAACGCAGCUGUUGUACGAGUUUGGGGCUGAGCCAUAUUGUUUGAACCAGAGUGGAAAGAGUGCGCUGCAGCUGGCUGAACUUUGUAGCAGGGUUGCCAGAGACAACCAUCCAUGCUACACGUUUCUUCAGGAGAGAAGUAGAUCUCCACGGACUUUGCAGGAAAUUUGCCGACUGUACAUCAGGAGGAUUCUUGGAAAGUGGAGACUCCAACACAUCAACGACCUACCACUCACCAAAGUCAUGAUUCAGUUCCUUAACCACGAAUAGGCUAUUAGUACCUUAGCAGAAGGGGCUAACUUCAGUCUUUGGUGUAGGUCAGGCAUCACUGGCAUGAGUGGCCUUCGUUUUUUGGCAAUACCUCUUUUGUGGCACCUAUUUUCAUAUAGACCACGAUAUAAGUGGGACAUUGGGUAUUAAUUUCUUAUCAUCAAGGACUUUCUAGCACACAAAGGAACAUGCUUGAGAUUUUUCGUGUUCUGUGCAUGCGUAGUAACUGUGGAAAGGGAGGCAAUUUGUAACAGAGAUGGGGAGCUAGAAAAAAUGCAACAAUUUUGCCUUUUGUCUGUUUGGUGAUUCUGAACCCAGAAAACGAUUUUUUUGUUGUUUACCUUUAAUGUCAGAGAUGGAAUCUGGAAUAAAGUUAUGACCUCUUCAUGACAAGGUCAAAUGUGGAAAAGAAAAGAUUUAAAAGAAAGGUAACUGUUUUUCUUGGUUGAGUAGCUGUCCUUCUUCUAUUAUGUAUUGGGUAUUAUUGAUGGUAUCUAAUAUAGAUAUGUUUGUGUUGCCUUCAUUGUAUUGAAUAUGAUGCAGGAAUUCUGUCAUUGUUUAGAAUCAGAAUGGUAGAAUGUUAACUCAGUGAUGAUAAAUUCUAUGUUUAAGGUAUAUUAUAUCUACAGGAUUAUAUCUUUCCUCCAGCAUCAUCUGCAAUGGUUCUGUAUAUACAUUGUAUAUUGGUACAUACAUAUCUUGUUAUGUUCUCAAAUAGUGAAAUUUGGAACACCACUUCUAACUCAAGAACAGUUGGUAACUUGUUGCUGUGUAAGUUCUGUGAAAUCAGAUAGCAUAAACUAUUUUUGUGGGUGUAUAAAUAGGACUUGAUGUUGUUAAGAAAUACACUGAGACAAAAUUCAACAGAGCAAAUAGUAUACUAUCAAAGAGUGAGGCUUGAAAACCCCAUAAUUUUUGUAAAUGCAUUUUUCCCUCUGACCACUGAAAUCGAGUUACCAACAUCAAUCUUCCAAUAAGAAGCAUGUUUUUACUAAUGGACAGCUGAACAGUCCUGGUGUAAUUUUUUUUACAAGUCUGUUGCGAUAGUAACUAUUACAAGUCUGUUAUGAUGAUAGCUAUUUUUUCAGUCACCGAAGAGAAAAAUUAUGACUUUAAAACAGUGAAGAUAUAAAAAAUGUGUUAGUGACACAACAUGAAAAGGUGUAGGGUAUUACAUUAUAUUUGUUAAGCAUUUGUUAUUGAAACAAAUGUUGAUGUAUAUUAUAUAAGAAUUCUUGAAUGAUUCUAAAAGCCACCGGUACAACUUGUUGGCACUAGAAACUGCAAUGCCUAUUCUUACAUAUUGUAUUUUGCUAUACAUUUAAGUUACAUGAGUAAUCUUCAGCUUUCCCAUACCUUGUAUUUUUGGGCAAAAGGAAGGGGUAUGUGUCCACUGACUACUAAACUACCAAGAACUUAUGAAGAAAAUGACGUAGUUUUGAGCAGUAACUAAUGUCUUCCAUUCUUAAGCUCUGUAUAAUGUACUCUUGAAUGUUUAUCUUGAUUGCUUGGCUGUCUAUUUUAACACUGAGAGAGAUUUGUUAGUUUACAGAAGAAAAUAACUAUUAUCCUCUUCAAAUGUGUAAUGAUUACCCUUACGUUUUAGGUACCAGUAGCUUUGUGAUUUAAAGCUGUAACAUGCGAUGUACAUGCAUUAUAUAUUUGUACAAUACAUAUCUUGUUAUGUUCUUAAAAUCUACCAAUUUUGCUUAACAUUCUUUAAUUGAACCUGAUUUCCAGGGUCUAUGAAUGAAGACAGCAGUUUUCCAACAAUGCAUACUUUUUAGUUAUAAAGGUUUUACAGAUGUAUUGACAUCAUUACUACUUUAAGUUUUUUAGCCCUCAUCAUGAGUUUGUAGACUAAUGAUAAUGGUACUCGGGCUUAAGUUCUUACAAAACAUUAAAAAGAUUUAAGAUUUGUUUCAUUAUAUCCAUAAUGAUUGAAUUUUUUAAUUCAAAACUAAGGUCUGAAAAAGCUACAAGGUUGUGUUGUAUGUCCAAGGUGGUGAGCUUUUGCUAUUAUGGGCCUGAUGACUGAGUUUCUGUUCCUAACAUAUUUAUACAAAUCAAGGUCCAUGGUGGUGACAUAUAUGUGCUCUGUGAUGAGAGUCCUGAACUGACCAGCAAUACUUGAUGGUACUUGAAAUUGUCUAUGCAGAAUGAAUGAUAAAAAGUUGUAUGGCAUUUCCAUUGUGUAUUUUCACUCAUUGUUUGUUACUUUUGGUUAAACAUUGCCUUUUGCCAAGGAAGGGUGAGAAGAACUUGAGAUGUUGUCAAAGACAUUAUUAUCUCAAAUAAAGUCAUGUGCAAAUAA